CGUAUUUUUCCGAUCUCUUCCCACUUCGACGAAAAGAAGGAAAAAAAAAAGUUAGGGUUCUUGGAGCAGAACCCUAAACACCAUUAGAGCGCGCUUCAAUCUCCGUUCCUCCAAGGGUAUCUAGAGUCCAGGUUUCGGCCGGGCCCAAGGCGGCUGGUGAGAGCAUCGCGUGGGACGGCAUCUCGAGAAAGCUAAGUUAUUUUCUCUUCUUCUCUUCUGCGAGCUAGGGUUUUCCUGCAAGUAAACGUUUGGGUUCAAUUACUAUCGGGGGCAUUUGUUUCGAUCUUCGGGAAUUGGGGCCCUUGGAAAAGCCGUUAGGUCUUUAUCGGUCUUGGAAGCGGGUAGUUUGGAAGAGUGAAAAAUUAGGGUUUUGGUUGAAAUUGAGCAUCACUAGAGGGCUAAAUUUGUGGAGUUUCCCUGUUUCAUCAAGGAAGUUAGAAUUUCGUUGCCAGGCCUUUGCAGGAUUGGAAAGAAAGAGGGGGUAAAGAAAGAACUUUACAGAGAAGAAUGCAAAACAAAUUUCUUGGUUCCUAUAAAAGUUCCUUUCUUCUUUGCUAAGGUUUUGUUAGUGCCUGCAAAUUUCUUGUUUUCUUGGUCUGACCUGUUGAAGAUUUGAGUAAUCAAGAUGAGCGAGCCAAAAGAUCACAAUGAUCUGGAGCAAGGAAUGCCAGGAAUUUCUGGCAGUGGGCAGAUAGGUGCGGAUGUUGAAGACGAUGACCUCCGGUCUCUGCUGCAAAAUCAUGCUGACGAGCAGAACUAUCAGUUUCAAACAGAGGUUAAUUUCCAUAACGACUCUGGAUUUGCAGCGAAUCCCCUAGAAGCUGGUUCAGCCGAGCAGAACAUCAAAGAGACCGCCAUACCAUCAGAGUUGCAACCUGGUGCUGAAGUUGCUGUUUUUACGAAUCAGACCGAGGAUGGUUCUGAAGAACCUGGUGCUGGAGUUCCUGUUUCUAUGAAUCAGACAGAGAAUGGUUCUGAAAAACCUGAUGAUGAAGUUCCUGUUUCUAUGAAUCAGAAAGAGAAUUAUUCUGAAAAACCUGGUGAUGAAGUUCCUGCUUGUAUUAAUCAGGCAGAGGAUGAUUCUGAAAAAGUUGCUAAUCAAGUUCCUGCUUUUAUGAAUCAAACAGAGAAUGAGUCUGAAAGAGAUGAUGAUCAUGUUCCUGCUUGUAUGAAUCGGACAGAGAAUGACUCUGAAAAAGCUGGCGAUCAAGUUCCUGCUUUUUUGAAUGAGACAGAGAGUAAUUCUGAACAAAAUGGUGCUCUUGAUGUCAAGACCAAAAUGGAGAGUGAGACAGUGAACACACAUACAGAGAAUGGCAGCAACUCAUUAGAGUCAGAUGUGAAGAUGGCUCAUUUGGAAGAUAAUCGCAUCAUUGAGACCCCCUUGAAACAGGAAAAGGCUGAGGGAGAACAACCAGCUCGCAUUGAGGGUCCUAAGCAGUCUUUUACAUUUGACCACUACUUGGAUGGUGGUGAUUCUGGAACUGAGGAGGAACAGGCUGCUUUCAUAAAGGAGCUGGAGAAUUUCUUUAGGGAGAGGGGCAUCGAGUUCAAGCCACCAAAGUUUUAUGGGGAAGGACUGAAUUGCCUCAAGUUGUGGAGAUCAGUAACUAAAUUGGGUGGUUAUGACAGGGUGACAUCAUGCAAGUUAUGGCGUCAAGUGGGAGAGUCCUUCAAACCUCCAAAGACAUGUACAACAGUCUCUUGGUCAUUUCGAGGUUUUUAUGAGAAGGCUCUACUUGAGUAUGAAAAACAUAAAAUUCGUACUGGUGAGCUCCAAAUACCUCUAUCUGAUCUUCCUGAGGCUAUGGUUAUUGAGAAUCAGGGGGGUGGGAAUCAGGCAUCAGGAUCAGGUAGAGCCAGAAGAGAUGCUGCAGCUCGUGCUAUGCAGGGCUGGCACUCUCAGCGACUGCUUGGUAAUGGUGAAGUUGGUGACCCAAUAAUUAAGGGUGGAGCCAAGAGGAAAAAACCAUCUAACCUGGAGCCUGCAGUUAAAGUUGCACGAAUGAAAGAUAUUCAGCCACAAGGGGAUACAGCAGUUGUGGAUGUUGGGGCUCCUGCUGAUUGGGUGAAAAUAAAUGUGCGGCAAACUAAAGAUUGCUUUGAAGUCUAUGCUUUAGUUCCUGGGCUUCUUCGUGAAGAGGUACAAGUUCAAUCAGAUCCUGCUGGCCGUUUAAUCAUAUCUGGAGAUCCAGAGCAGCCUGAUAAUCCUUGGGGUGUCACCCCCUUUAAAAAGGUCAUAACUUUGCCUUCACGAAUUGAUCCAUACCAGACUUCAGCAGUGGUCACCCUUCAUGGCCAGCUGUUUGUACGCGCGCCCUUUGAUCAGUCAGAUCUAUAGCACUCCUGGUCUCGCUUCCCAAAGUCCAUCAUCUACUCAUAUAUAAUAAAGAAAUGGAAGGAAACGCAUGGGGAUGUUCUGCAGGUUUUGCGUACUGACUUGUGGGAAACCUGGCCUUUGAACUUGUCGUGUUGCUGAGAUGAUACUUGUGCUAUUGGAGUUCAUGCACUAAUUUGAACAUGCUAAUCUGAUGUUUGAUCCAACAGCAAGGUGGUGUCUCGCUCAUUAACCUUGUCACGGAAACUUGCGAGUGCAACUAAGGGAGAAGAAAGUAGAUUUACCAGUCCUUGAGCCAAGCGUGCUUCCCUGUAGUCAUAUAUUGUAAAUAUAGUCAGAUUCUAGUUAUGAUCCUCUAUUGGCUGAUGGUUCGAAUGCAACAGUUCCGUCAUAAUAUGAUUUUCUCUGUUCUGGACAAGCUACUAGAGUUGAUCUCUGAGUGUAUUCUGCUUUGCAAUUAAAGAUUCUGGAGAUUGUUUUGUUUA